CCUGUAUUACCGGCACAAAGAACGAAGAAGAAAUACCAAUUAUUACAAUAUAAUGAAAUAGUAGUGGAUUAAGUUGGUUCUUACACUGUUUAUUUAUCUCUUUAAACACCACUACAACCGACACUUAACAGAGACACUCCAAAGAACCCCAAAAUGCUGCUGCGAUUUUACGAUUGUGCCACCAAUAUCGAGCCAUUCACGUGCAAACAAUGCCCAAAGUUUCAAACCCACUGUUUGACAACCUUACAACGCCACAAAAAAGACCACAAUAUAACCCCCGAAGACUACAUCAUCAAACAAUGUGAGAAAUGUCUGUUCCAAACCUACUCGAAAUAUCUACUACUCAGACACGCUUUCUUCGACAAGUGUGCCCCCCACAAUAACGCUCAAACCCCCCCAGACCCUCCAAUCACUUGGUUCCACUGUAACCAUUGCCCAUUAAAAUUCAAACGCAAAACCUACAUGCAAAACCACGUCCGCAACUGCCACCGCAAACCUGAAGACAUCAAGUGGUUCCACUGUGAACAAUGCCCCUCGAGAUUCAAGAAACACUUCAACCUGAGAGUCCACAGAGCGACGCAUUUACCCGACGAUCAAAUUCAGUGGCUGCAAUGUGACCAUUGCACUUCGAAAUUCAAAAACGAUCGAUAUUUAAAACGGCACAGAAGAACGAUGCAUUUCGACAAAAUCAAGGACGAAAAACCCGUGAAAAAGGAAAAGGUGCAAAGGCCGAAGAAACCUGUCGUGGAAAUGCUUCAGUGCGACUUCUGUCCGGCUAAAUAUAGAACGCAAUCGUUUUUGGAGAAUCACUUCAAGGUCAAACAUUUAUCGGACGUGGAUAUGCCGUGGCUGCAAUGUGAACUGUGCACACGAAAAUUCAAGCGGAAGUGUGACUUGAGCAACCACGUCGUGGGUAAACACAUACCCAAAGAUCAGAAAUGGUUUCACUGUGACCAGUGCGAGGCCAGAUACAGAACGAAAGAACUUUUGGAUAAGCACGUCGUUGACAAGCAUUUGUCAAAACAGGAGGGCUACUUGUUUGAGUGUGAACAUUGUUCGUAUAAAUUUUGGCGCAAGGGGCGGCUGCUCAACCACAUUAAAGUGAAACAUUUGGGUAAAAAUUAAUUUAUUUAUUGUAUGUGAAUUGUAUAAUGUGUAAUAAAUUAGUUUA